AAAAUCCGUGUCGUAGUCUUCGUCAUCAUAAAAAAUAAAAAAACAAAAAACAAAAAACCUCACUGAAAUCACGCACGGCCUUUUCAUUUCUCCGAGAGAGAACAAAUACCAGAGAGACACACACCAAGCCCUUAGUUUUACUUUUUUUCUUCGCCAUUUCCGCCUUGAAAAACAAAGUGAAAAAAAUCUGUGAAAAAAAUUAUCUUGUUAUUUAUAUGUUUUCAGCAGUCUCGCCGGCUGGUGUCUUUUUUUGUGUGUGUGGAAAUGAACCUUUUGAGUUAACAAGGUUUUCAAGGCUUUGUUUGUUUGUGUGAUUGGUUUUCAUUGUUAUUUGAUCGAGUUUUGGUGAGAAGUGAAGUGGGUUUAUCUUGAAAUUGGGGUUUAAGUCUGAUCAAAAGUAUUAAGGGUUUUGAAGUGGCAUUAGUGAAAUAUUGAUUACUGGGUUUUUGCUGGUCUAGAGGUAAGUGAAAUGGGUGAUACGGAGGAUGCUAAUAGUGAAAUGAUACACAGGUUGCAAUCUUCUUUUGGAACAACACAAUCGUCAUCUGCUACAAUGUCUAAACAACCCUUUUCUUUGAUAAACCAAUUAGAUGUUUCUCAAUUGAAUUUGAACCAAACCCAGAUGCGGGCAAGGCAUUUUGCGAAUUUUUAUCAGAAUUUUAGUGGUGAUAGUAACAAAAGAGUAGGGAUUCCGCCUUCACAUCCUAAUCAGAUCCCACCCAUUUCGCCGUAUUCCCAGAUCCCGGUGUCUAGGCCAGCGAACCAGCAAAUGAGUACCCAGAAUUUCAGUAUGGGACCUACCCAUUCGCGAUCUUUAUCGCAGCCAUCAUCGUUUUUCUGCCUUGAUUCCUUGCCACCGUUGAGUCCGGCCCCUUUUCGUGACUCCUCUUCGCCAACGGUUUCGGACCCUAUUUCAACUGAUGUGUCCAUGGAGGAUAAGGAUGGUAGCUCUCAUUCGUUGUUGCCACCCUCCCCUUUUAAUAGGGGCAAUGCUCCACGUGCUGGUGAGAGUUUACCUCCACGGAAAGCCCAUAGAAGGUCUAACAGUGAUAUUCCAUUUGGUAAUGUGUUGCAAUGUUCACCUCCCCUUAUUCCGUUGAGGGGUUCAGGUGGCUUGGAGCGGUCGUUGUCCGGUAGAGAGAAUCCAGCGAUGGCCAAGCCAGCUCAGUUGGUAAAAAAAGAAUGGGAGAGAGCUGGUGAAAGCAUUGCGGAGGGGACGGGUGAGAGGAAAUCUGAAGGGGAUGUGGAUGAUUUGUUUUCUGCUUAUAUGAAUCUAGAUAACAUUGAUGCGUUGAACUCUUCGGGUACUGAUGAGAAGAAUGGUAAUGAGAAUCGUGAGGAUUUGGAUAGUAGAGCUAGUGGAACUAAGACAAAUGGUGGUGAUAGCAGUGAUAAUGAGGCAGAAAGCAGCGUUAAUGAAAGUGGUGGCAGCGUGCCAAGAGGAGGAUUUAGUUCUUCAACGGAGAAGAGGGAGGGGAUCAAAAGGAGUGCUGGAGGUGAUAUCGCUCCUACCUCCAGGCACUACAGAAGUGUGUCAAUGGAUAGUUUCAUGGGCAAAUUGAACUUUGGUGAUGAGUCUCCAAAAUUGCCACCUUCACCAGGAACUCGUCCAGGUCAACUUUCACCCACCAAUUCAAUGGAUGGCAAUGCCUUUAGCUUGGAGUUUGGGAAUGGUGAAUUUAGUGGUGCUGAACUGAAGAAAAUUAUGGCUAAUGAGAAACUUGCUGAGAUUGCUUCAACUGACCCAAAACGUGCAAAGAGGAUUUUGGCGAAUCGGCAAUCAGCUGCUCGUUCUAAGGAGAGGAAGAUGAGAUAUAUUUCAGAAUUAGAACACAAGGUUCAGACUUUGCAGACAGAAGCUACCACAUUGUCUGCUCAGCUUACUCUUUUACAGAGGGAUUCUGUUGGUCUUACAAGCCAGAAUAAUGAAUUGAAAUUUCGCCUUCAAGCCAUGGAGCAACAAGCACAACUCCGAGAUGCUCUAAACGAAGCAUUAAACGGUGAAGUACGACGGUUGAAGAUUGCUACGGCAGAGCGGGGUGGGGAUUCUGACCCAUCCAAGGGCUUGGUUCAGCAGCAGCUUUCUGUCAACCCUCAGAUGUUCAUGCAGCAGCCACGACCUUCUCAACUUAACAGGCAGCAAUUGCAGCAGCAGCAGCCUUCAGCCUCCCAAAUCAACAUGCAUCAGUUGCAACAGCAGCAGCAGCAGUCCUCCCAGCCACAGCCUCAACAAAAUGGCAGUACUACCUUAAAGUCAGAUUCGAAUCAAUAGGUUGGGGAGAAAACGAUGGCUGCUUGGGUUAUUAACGUCUUACCAACUUCUGGUGCUUUACAUUUGUUUCUUUCAAUGCAUUCAUUCAUUAGUUUUCCAUCUCCAAGAGACGUCUUUAAGGUGUGGCAGUUACAAAUUCAACCUGCAUCGCAUAUCCAGCUCGGAACUUCGUUUGAAGUGAUAUAUACAUACAAGCCUCAAUAUAUGUGUUACUUAUGAUUAUGAAUGUUAUUUGUAUCUGUUAGGUAUUUAUUUCCUCAAGGGAAACAUUUCUUAGGCAUAAUAUGUUUGUUGAGACGUUUUGAAGAAAACUCUUUCUUUGUUUAUUUCAGUAAAGAAUGGUUGAUUCUCGUUGUA